ACUGUCAGAAGUGUCAAGCAUUUUUGUUGCAGGAUCGUAUAUACAGUGGCAGGGACCUACAAAUUACUGUGGUUUGUGUGCAGUAAAUAACAUCAUUGGUUCAAGCCCUGACGGAAUAUUUCCUGUAUUAAUAGCGGACAUGGAUUACAUCGCAGAUGAACUGUGGCUGAAUAUGGCUGGAGAUCCCAUAGUUCCGCUAACGUUUCCGAUACCUGCACUUCGUGACAGAGAGGGAUUUUAUAGUGGAGAAGUCAUCAUCCAAACUCUCGAGAGGCGGUCAUAUUCGACGACAAGACUGCAACAUGAUGUCCUUUCUUCCACAGAAGAUAAUGAAAUCAUAAACAAUCUGAUGUCCUUCGAAGAAAUAAAGGGAUUGAUAAUUAGAAAGUUUAACGAAGCACAUUGGAUUUCAAUUCCAAUAAUCAACGAUCAAUUUAUCUUCAUAGAUCCGAAAGUGAAAGCACAACGUACACUUCCAUCAAGCGAUGUAUGUCAAUUAAUAAGGAGCCAUUGUUUUCACCCUGGAGCAGUUUACAUUGUGCAGAAGGACACUUGUCAAACUGGUACAGAUGGCAUCGACGAAAAAAUUGGUAGUACAGAUGUAGAAGAAAAUUAUGAAGAGGGGAUCAUUCAGAAUGAGGUUACAACGGACAAUACAACGGAAGACAUAGAAGAACAAACCAGUGAUGGAAAUGACAAUGGAACAAAAGAUCUGACUAACAGUGAAAAUACAAUGGUGAAACGUAAUUACGAAUUAAGGAAGAAACCACCAAAGAAAAGAAGGAAGAGUUUUUGGUAUGAAUACGACCAGAAGAAGAUUGCCAAGAGAUUGCCAUGUUAUUCUGUGGAAGACAAUCUUAGAAAUACAGAUGAGGAUGACGAUCCACAAAAUGAUGAAGAGGACAGUAUAAAAGAUUUGUCAGUGAGUUCUGAAAUGAAAAUCGACGUUAAACAGCUAAAUAAAGACAGUCCAGAUAAGCAGGAAGUUGGAGACAGUGAAGAUGAAGAUGAAGAUAUAGAUGAAGAUUUCUCAAUGGAAUUUGCAGAUUUUGAAAAAAUGCGGAUGCUGACUUAUGUCAAUGAAAUCAUGCACUGUGAGAACAGUAAUUGUGAUGAGGCUGAUCAUGAGCGCCACCAUCAGUUUAUUGGCAGCCCUGAAAUGAUAGUCAAUAGAGAGAGGAGAAGAUUAGCCUUUGGCUGCGGAGUAAUUUCUCAAAAGAUUAUUAGUGCUCUGCUCAAAUAUCUGACAGACAAUUUGGUGUACAAUCAUCACGAGCCCUUCAGAUUCGGCGGCAGAAGGAUAAGGAAGCUGACACAUAUUGAACUUCAAAAUAUUUUCCUGGAAUAUAAGUUUUUUGCUGACCACUAUGUGACCUUUGUUUUACAUAAGGAGGCAAUCAUAUACUUCCACCAGAGGAAGACAGGGUGUCCAUAUGAGUUAGCAAACCAAAAAUGUAUGGAUGCAGAAGUGGAUAUGUAUAUUGAAUGGAAAAAGAAGCAUAGAAAAUAACUAUGAGCAUUCAAAUUGAAUAUAUUACAUUUUAUUUUUGUUUGUUUGUAUAUAGUAAUUAUGAUGGUCUUAUAUAACAUCAAUAUUCAACGUUUUAUGAUGAUAUUUUUAUUUUCUUAUUGUUUUAAAAGCUGUAGCUUAUUAGUAAAAAAAGAAAUUGUAAAACAAGAUAACAGCAAUAUUAAUGAAAAGAAAA